AUGAAACACUUUCUACAGCUGAUCUCGAGUCUCGCUAUCCUUUCAUGUCAGUCAGAUGCAUCACAGCUUGAAGAGCGUCAAUUUGGCUGUACGGCGCCGCUGCAAAGGAGAUCAUGGACGAGCUUGACUCCUGCGAGCAAACGUGCGUAUCUGGAUGCGGAGAGGUGUCUCAUAGACACUCCUGCACAAUACGGAGUACCAGGUGCGAGGACCGUUUGGGACGAACUGCAGUACUCCCACGUGCGACAGUCGAACCACAUCCAUGGUGUGGGGCAAUUUCUGCCAUGGCAUCGCUACUACAUGAAAGCUCAUGAAACUUUGCUGCAAAAACAUUGCGGCUAUCAAGGUGGCGUGCCUUACUGGGCGGAGGCGGAGCACGCAAGCAACAUCAGACAAUCUCCUAUAUGGGACGCCGAGCUUGGCUUUGGCGGCGAUGGCACUGGCGCGGAUGGCUGCAUCUCAACUGGUCCAUUCGCGAACGUCACACUCGUCGUGAACGCUGACUCGGCAGCUGGAGAACCGUACUGCCUACGGCGUGCUAUCAGCGUAAACGACUUCCAGAAUGCCGGUCAGAGCUACAUUGAUGACUGCUUCGCAAUCCCAGACUACUGGCCUGCCAUGAGUUGCUAUGGGCUGAGUCCGCACUGGUCUGGCCAUGCUGGGACUGGCGGUGUCAUGGCAGAUGCAAUGCUCGCCCCAGGCGACCCCAUCUUUUUCCUGCAUCAUACGAACCUCGACCGUCUGUACUCGCUAUGGCAAAGAGCGGACCCCGGCCGGUAUACGGAAAUAGGAGGUCCCAACUUGAGCCCAGAGUUCAAUGGCAUGAACAACUGGCCUAUGCCUGGGCCAGAGAUUACAGAGCAUGAUGGCGAUCCGUCCGGUGUAACGACUUUGGAUCAUGUUCUGUGGAUGGUAGGGAUUUUGCCAAAUGUGACGAUCAGGGACGUCUUGGAUCCGCGUGGAGGAGUGAUAUGUGCGGAAUAUGUGUGA